AUGUCGCGGGCGUCGACGGAAUCGCACGGACCAAACAGCGAUGCGGACGGUCGACGUGCCGGUCGGUGCCACCGCCCGCUGCCCGACGACGUCGACCUGUUUCGUGUAUGCAACUUGGUCGGCGACUGCGGCCUCUAUCCCGGCUACGUCACGCCCGACUACGUAUACGCCAUCACCUACCCUCCAAAAGCCGCCUUCAACAAGCACCUGGAUUCGAGAUACCGGUGGGGAGAGACUGUGGUCGGCGUCACGCUGGGGCAGGCCGGCACACACUAUGACGAAUCGGGAUCGUUUGCCAUCGAGCUGGAGCUGCCCCGCCGCUCCGUGUACGUCAUGAGCGGCGAGGCGCGCACGCUGUGGAAGCACGGCAUCCGGCAACAAAAGCCUGGCUCCCUGCCACCGCCCCCGCCGUGGAAUCCCUACAACAUGCGGCGCGCGCUGACGCUUCGCGCGACAAAGGCGUUCAGCGACGCAUGCCUGCAGGAGCGGCUGCGGCAGGCGACGGACGAGGCCGAGCGCGCCGCUCUCCGGCGGCGCAUCGCCGCGCAGGACAAGUUCCGGCCCCAGAGCAGCGCUGCGAGACUGAACGAUCGCGACCUCGCCGAGCUGCGAGAGGAGGGCGAGCGGAUGAGGCGGCACGUCGCGACGCAGCGGCACCGGCACGCUCGCUUCCCGCCGUCGGAGCUCCACUUCCCCCUGCCCGAGAGCGUGGCGUGCGGUGUGAGGGCGGCCGCAGACUCAUGGCCGCCGAACGGGGGCUUGCGCCUCGGCGGCGCCGCCUCGCCGCUCGGGUCCGUGGCACUCGCCAUCGAGGAGGAGGAGCUGCAGGAGGCGAUCCGCGCAUCGCUCCGUGCUGCAGGAGCGCCCGCAAGACGCGCGGCUGAGGAGGACGGCGACGGGGAGGAGGAGCUUCGCCGCAUGCGCGAGGCGCGGCUGGCGCGCCUCGGAGGGGCCUGA